GGAAGCACAACAGAAGCCAUCCGUCUGGCAUCCGCAUCCAUGUUUUUUCGCGGAUCAGUUGCCUGGCAACCUGUGGCUCAGAACUUUUGCCAAUUGAAAAAAAAAAUUGUACAGGAAGUUCCACCUGCCAGAUUUCAAACUGUGGAGAUUUCUGGACACAUGCCAGAGAGAGUUGGUGCAUUUUGCCAGGGAAAGCUUGAUUUUUGACUCCCAAAAUGCCAAAGUGGGAUGUUGAAAGGCUAAUAACCUUGGUGCAGGAAAGGCCCGAGCUGUGGGACACACGCACCAAUGUGUAUCUGGAUCGGGUGAAGGAGGAGGUUGCCUCAGAGAAAGUGGCACGGCUUAUGAGGUGUGCAGAAUGGGAAAAAGCCGACGCCAGGGGUCGUGCAGAAUUAGUUAAAAAAACUAAGACCCGCUGGAACAGUUGCCGCGACCAAUUCCGGCGUGAGUGCAACAAAAGGGGCUGGAGUGGUGAGGGCUCAUCACGAAAAAGGGCAUACAUCUAUUCCUCCCAGCUUCAAUUUCUGAGGCCGGUGAUGGACUUGAGGCCUACUGUGGACAACCUGGAAGAACCCGAGGACUCGGAUGUUGGUGGAGAGGAAACUGCUCCUGUUUUUUCGCCAGAGCCAAGUCCCACACCAACACCAGCUGAAGAGUCCACUCAACCAGCUAUGGCAACAACAGUCGUGACAGAAGGGAGUCCUCAGACAUCCCCACAGCGCCGGCCAAGGACAAGGAGGAGUGCCCGCCAGCAAACCUCUGGGCUAGUAACUCUGGAAAUUAUUGAUGCCCGGGUCAUUGAGUUUCUAGCCCAGAGGAGGAGUUAGGGCCAGGAGGAAGCCUUGCUAAGGGGUCUCGCCCACUUAUUGUGUGGUGUUCCCAGAGAAAGGCACAAUUUAUGUGUAGCCGGGGUGGCUAUAGUUUUUGCGCUUUUCUCACAGGAAAAUGCUGGCGAUGUUCUUACGCAAUUGAAUAAUUUACGGGUACAAAACAUGCCCCAACAAACACACCAUGUCACCAGCCACCACCCACAACCACCCCAUGGCCUACCUACUUAUGGGCCGAAUCCUUUCCGCUGGCCAACAGUUUCAAAUCUGCCAGCAGUAGA